GGCAUCUCAGCAGAAACCACCCCACCUUUGAUCUGACUGCGACUUCGUGAAGCUGCAUUCACUUCACGGUUUGCGACCAGCUGCUUCAUCGUAUACAAAAGGUUAAGCGUGGAAUCCCGAGGAGUACCCCAAACCAGAUCGCCCAUCAUGAGCUCCGAAGCAAGGCUAUACACCUUCUCGCAAGAGACCAAGGACCACCUGCGCAAGUUCCGCCUCGGCACAUCGCGGUCCAACAGUCCGCAAGCCGUCAUCUACCUGAUCGAUAAGCAAACCAAGGAAAUCCGCCAGGACGACGACGCAACCGUGUACAGGUCGCUCGAGGAGCUGGCCGACGACCUGCCGGACCACUCGCCGCGGUUCGUGCUGCUGAGCUACCCGUUGACGCUGGUCCGUUUCCCCUCUUCCUCCUCUACUGCCUGCCUGUCUGCCUACCUGCUUGCCGGGGAUUAGCUUGUUAACAACCCGCCGUUGCCGCGUCUCA